ACUGGCGGGGCAAUGUAAAGUUUACUGAUAGCUAGCUAAAGCAAAGAGAUGUUUACUGAAAUCAUGACUGUGUAGCGCUAUUUGAUGAGACAUUGAACACGAUCGGUUACGUAAAUGACAGCGAGGACAUCAAUGGAUCAGAAAAGACUAUCAGUGAAAAUGACUGAUUUGUUCAUUUAUGAUUUGGCAAUUACCGCUAAGCUAAAGUGAAGCGCGCUGCGUUGUUAUUUACUCCCAGCUGUAUGUUAGCUAACAUAGCUGUUGCCCAUCAGUGCUAAAUCAAGAUGAGUUCCUCCCGGGAGAUUAAACAGCUGCAGAAAGCUAAGAGCAAAGCGCAGAACAGCAACAACUUAAGAGAGGAAGCAAACAUCUGCAAUCAGCUAGGAGAGCUGCUGUCCAGAAAUGGUGAUUAUGAGGCUGCCAUUACAGAACACCAGCAGGAGUUGUCUCUCUCUGAGGUUCUAAACGAUGUGAUUGGACGAGCUGUGGCCCAUCGUAAGAUAGGGGAGUGCUACGCAGAGAUGGGAAACAUUGAGGCUGCGUUGAAACACCAGCGAUGUCACUUGGACCUGGCUCGCUCUGUCAGAGAUCAUGCUGAGGAGCAAAGGGCACUGGCCACUAUUGGUCGUACCUACCUCUUCCGUUAUGAAUCAGACCAAUCGAGGAACAGUUUGGAGCAAGCAGAUGACGCCUUCAGGAAGAGCCUGGCCAUUGUGGAUGACCGUCUAGAAGGGACUGUGCCAGGGCGAGAGAUUAGUGAGAUGAAGGCACGUCUCUUCCUCAAUCUUGGUCUGGUCUGUGAUCACCUGGGGGAGCCCAAACGUUGCAGCGAGUUCAUCCGACGAAGUGUCUUUAUUGCAGAGAAGAGUCAGCUGCUGGAGGAUCUCUACCGUGCAAACUUUAACCUGGGCAACAUCUACUUCCGUCAUGGUCAACUGUCUAAUGCCGUGCGCUGCCUUGAACAGGCCAAAGAGUGUGCGAGGAAGAUCAAAGACAAGUUCAGUGAGAGCGAGUGCUUUCACUGCAUUGGCAAGGUGCAGCUGUCUCUGGGUGAUUUCGUAGCAGCUAGACGAUCUCUGAAGAAAGCCGUUUUACUGGGUUCCCAGCAGCCACUGGACAGGCAGGCAGUGAAGAAAGUUUUCAAAUAUGCGGACCAGGGCUGUAAAUUGGAGGAAGAGUUGGGGGAGGAUCAGGGCAAAAGACUCAGCUCCCAUCAGGCCGUGGGGCUGGCAGAGCAGCUGGGGGACCUUUACUGUAAGGUUGGCUGCUACAGCAAAGCUCUGGAUGCAUAUCUAGCUCAGCUAAAGGGCGCUGAGGCGUUGGGAAAGCCUGCCAGGGAGCUGGCUGUCAUCCACGUGUCCCUGGCUGCGACCUACACAGACCUGAGACAGCACAGCAAGGCAGUGGAGCACUAUAGACAGGAGCUGGCUUUACGACAGGGCAGCUCAACUGAGGAGUGUAGCACUUGGCUGAACAUCGCAACAGCUCAGGAGGAGAGCGGCUGUGCCUUCGAGGAUAUAGACAGCAGUUACAGUACAGCCUCACACUGCGCCAACAAGUCUGGGCAGAACAGACUACAGAAGCGCGUGUUAAGGCUUUGGCUGGCAUCCCAGAGACGACUCGGCUCGUCGAAGGCUGAUGACACUGAAGCGAGGCUGCACGAGCUGUGUGCUGCGGAGGGCUGGAGUCCAGAUGGGAGCGACGGUGAGGAGGAUGAAGAGGAGAUGGACAACAGUGAACCUCUGGAUGACAGUGACGUCGUUCUCUCAGACUCAGAUGAGGAUUUGGAGGGUUACGAAAAGAUGGUAUCAGGAAGGAGGAAGGCAGGAAGGUGGAACAAGAGGAACGAGAAGGGCGAGACGUCUCUGCACAGAGCGUGUAUAGACGGAAACCUAAAGCAGGUCCAGUAUCUGGUGGAACAGGGUCACCCGGUGAACCCCAGAGACUAUUGUGGUUGGACUCCUCUUCAUGAGGCCUGCAACCACGGUCACUAUGACGUUGUAGCGGUGCUGCUGGAGCGCGGCGCUAACGUUAAUGAUCCUGGUGGUCCCUUAUGCGAGGGAGUGACGCCUCUCCACGAUGCCCUCACCUGUGGCAAUUUAAAAGUUGCAAGACUCUUGGUGGAACGAGGGGCUUCUGUCACCCAACGCAACUCCAAGGGUAACACCGCCAUGGACACCCUGCGUCAGUGGCAGAGGACGUACAGCAGAGAGUUAGACCAGGACACCAAGCAGGAGUGCAUCGCUACAGAGAGACUGCUGAGGAAGGCGCUCGCAGGGGGAGUUCCUGCUGCUCCGGCCCCAGCCAAGCCUUUCGAUGCCCUGCAGGACAGCCAGCUGUUUGAUGCUGAGAACUCAGAGCCGCUGUCGUCCUCUGGAGGCGGCUGUUCCUCCAGCCAAGGCUGGCCUCGGACCAACAGGGACUCCGAGGUGAAGGCAGUACCUGGCAGCCCCAGACGGUGGAAGAGCAGCGGCUCGACACAGCAGCACAGAGCCCGAGGAACAGAGGCUGCUGUUCUCUAUGGGAAUAACAGCAGCUCCUCAGACGACAGCGACAAUGACAGCCCGGUUAGUCCUCUCCGUUCCGUCCGCCCUCGACACAGCUUUCCAGCAGCCCAGAGUCAAAAGGAAGUCCCCGCAAUUAAGGAAGCCAACCCGAUUCCCAACUCGGGUAGAGAAAGUGUCAGGGAGGCUCCCGCGCCAUCUGUCUUUGUACAAGAGGAGUACCACAGUGCCAUUCGAGGCUUAGGCAGCGCCAAAACUCUUCUCCAGGGUCUGUCACAGCCUCAGUUCUCCAGCACACCAGCUGUUUCUACCAGCAGCAAAUCAGCCCUGGUUCCUGAGGAUGAGUAUCUGGCUGAUGAGUGGCUGGAGGAUGAUUUGGGGGAAAACCAGCCGAAGAAGAAGAGGCGGCUUCGAGUGGAACAGAAUGGGAUGAGAGGGGAGGACACUGCCUUGUCUUCAGCAGCAAGGAGUCAAAACAGGCAUUCAUACGCUGAAACCUGCAGAGGUUCUGCAGUUCCUUCCUGCUCCAGCAGGAGUCACUCUCUGAAGAAGAAUGGCACUCUGAAGCCUCACCAGGUCAAAAUGACUCAGAUGCCAGGGAUGGUCCGGUUGGGCAGACGAGAGGUCAACAGGUCACACAGCCCCACAGUUACAGAUGAUGACGACAUGAGACCUGAGACGCCACCACCCCCACAAAUACACAUACAGGCUCCAGCUCAAACCUUUGCUUCUCCCAUGCCUACAUUACAGCCUCCACCAAUCAGAAUGAGGGUCAGAGUUCAGGAAGAUAUUUUCCUCAUCCCAGUUCCGCAAAGUGAGGCAGACUCCUGCACUGUGUCAUGGCUGUGUGAGCAGGCCGCUCAGCGUUACUACCAGAAAUGUGGCCUCCUGCCUCGCCUCUCACUGCAGAAGGAAGGUGCUCUGCUUUCGCCCCAGGACCUGCUGCUGGCUGUCCUGCACACCAAUGAAGAGGUUCUGGCUGAAGUUUGCUCCUGGGAUCUUCCUCCUCUCCCCGAGCGCUACAAGAAGGCCUGCAACAGCCUGGCAGUGGAUGAGAACAAGCGCGUCACCCGGCUGUGUGAGGUGCAGGAUGGGAGCUCCUCUGUGUCUGUGUGCGGCCUCAGCUUGGCUCCCUCCUCCCUCAACCCGCUCCUGCGUGCCUUAAAACUGCAGGCCAGCCUCACCGAGCUACAUAUUUCCGGCAACCGUCUCCAUGACAACCUUCUCCCUGAGUUGGUUGCCACAACAAUCACCAUGCCUCGGCUUCGGCUGCUGGACAUUUCUGCCAAUGGCAUUACAGGGGACGGGCUGGAGAAGGCAGUAAAUGCCUUAAAGGGACAGAGUCAUCCUGCGUUUCCGUGCCUGGAGGAGCUUGACCUCAGUAUGAACCAGCUGGGUGAUGGUGUGUCCGAGGCCCUGUCCUGUCUGCUGUCCUGCUGCCCUCUGUUAGCCAAGCUGUCUCUGCAGGCCUGUGGCUUCACUGCUCGCUUCCUACAGCAGCAUCGACUGCUGCUAGCCAACGCUCUGACAGGAACUGGCCACCUGAAAUCAGUGUGUCUAUCCCACAAUUCACUGGGUUCCACUGGCUUUGAGCUGCUGUUGAAGACUCUGCCUCUCCACAGUCUUACACACCUGGACCUGUCUGCCAUCCGCAGGGGUCCGGCUGAUUACCCGGCGCUGGAACACCUCACCAAAAUCCUGUCACAAGACGAGUGUUCACUGACCCACCUGAGUCUGGCUGCAAAUGGGUUGAUAGACAGCAGUGUAGCCACCUUGGCUAGGUGCCUGCCUUCAUGUCCGACUCUGGUGAGUCUGAACCUAUCAGGUAAUCCGUCUGUUACCUCAGCAGGACUUCACAACAUCCUGAUCUCUCUCAGAGAGGCUUGUCGACCUUUGACCCUUCUAAACUUUCAGGGUUGUGACGUGACUGGUCCGUGGGACAGUGCAAGUCUGGAUGGUUUGUCAGAGCUGGUCAAGGAUCUCCGUCUUUGCUCUCAGGGACUCAACAAGCUGGACAGGCAGACCUUAAAGCAGAGCUGGGACAGCAGUCCAUCACAUGGACACUUCAUUGAUCGCCACAGCAAGUGCCUGCUCUCUGCUGCAGCCUCCUCAUGAAGAGGGGGGGAAUAAAAUUUACUUCAGUGACGAUUGCAGAUCUUUUAUCACUGAGACUGAAUUUUGAGCCAUGUGAAAUCAUAAACACAGAACUUUUUUUUAAUAAGGGUGCUAUCCUUUUAAGGUUUAGUUUAGUAAGCAGUGAUCACUUGAGGCUGUACACUUACAGGAAAUCUUCAAAAGGAGCGACCUGCACUAAAAGAACCAACAGUGACAUGGCAUCCUCGGACAUACUGUGUAAAUGGCUUAUAUGUUUCAUGUAUUUUGUACGCUGUAUUUAUGUGUAUCUGUGAAAGUCUUAAGUUUGUUAUGUGUAGCAGUGUGUUUGUGUCAUGAUGCAUCCACUGAAUUACUGUAUGAUUUGAUAUGUAAAAAAGAAUUAAAGUGACUCAUGAUGUUUUUGUC